GCAACACAAUGUCUACAGCUACCGCCCCUGAUAUCACCUUCUCAGCUCUUGUCAGCCUCAGUGACGGCGUUGACCCGUGGGAUCUUGAAGGCAGUCCAGAGUUGGGCCCAUCCAAUCAACCUUGGAGGGCCUACUGGCCGCCAGACUUAUCUACCGUCACUGAAUGCGAGCUGGCUUCUAAACCAUGGCUCACCUGGAAGAAUGACCCUACAAAGAUGAACAACAAGCCCUGGUAUCAAUGGGUACGUCCAGAGCUGGAGCCAGCACCGGUUGAUGGAUGGUGUCCCGUCACUUGUAGCUAUUGCAAUGGGCGGGGUUGUGGCCCAUUUUCGACUGGUGCUGAGGGGGCUUGAGAUUUACUCUACUUGAGAUAUUGCGGGCGUUAACGAUGAUGAAUAUCUUUUAUGCCAUCUUAAAUUUCUUCCACAGCUUUAUUAAUAUCGUGCUACAAUCACAAUCAAGCAUUUCAGUUGUUCAAGAAGCCUUGUUGGGAAAAAUUUGACGUAUAUUGACUG